AGUGCUAAGUUGGCCGUGGAACGCAAAGCUUGAUGCGCGAUUGCUUGCUCGAUGCGCGAUUGUUAGCUCGAUUUGUUGGAGGAGUAUCGCGCGUGUUUCCCUGUGCAUGUGACGUGAUUUUCCCCGAUGGAUUUUUCACGGAAAAAGUGACUGGUUCGGGGCGGGUUGUGAUUCUAUCUGAUUGGUCGGAAUGAGACUGAAUUGUGAUGGUCGACGGCAAUCGGGGUUGUGUUUGGUGAAUUUGAGUUAGAGGACUGUCGUUUACAUGGUUCUGGAUUCUAGUAUGUUUCUUACCAGCGACCUGGACACAUUCCUGUGCAAGCAGGAGUGGGAACGCAGGUUGGAGGAAGAACUAGAAAAACCUCGAAGAGAUUCCGUUUCCCAAAUCGAUGACUUUUUCGAACCGGCAAACAACAACAACAAUCGCCAUCAAUCCGCCAUGAGUUACGUAUCGUCUCUGUCGAUGAGGACAGAAGACGAUGCCUUCCUGCGACCGCCGGCGCUGUGGGAGGACAUCGCCAGCAGCAUACAGAACAUAGACCCGGAAAACGCGAAUAUGUUGGGUGUAAGUCCGGGACACGUCAAAUUGGAGGUGGUCGAUGAUUUGACGGCCAGUUGCGUUUCGGGAACCCCUUCGCCUUUAUUGUCACCCUUAGAGAUAAAGACGGAAAAGGUUCUGCAACAACCAGGCCCGACGUUGCACCUUCUAGGCACACCGACCAGCCCAUACAACCAACCGCAACCUACCAGUCCCCAGCAAGCAGCUCCCCAUUAUCACCAGCAGCCCCCCCAGCAGCCGAUCCAUCAUCCGCACCUCAACAACAACAACCAGUACAAAUAUAACAACGUAGUCCCAGGUCCUGCGCCUGGUAACGCUCUCUACCCCAUGCCUUCGCGGCUCAUGUAUGUUUCCCCGCUGACGCCCCCCAGUUCGGAACCCGGUUCUCCAGGUGGAGCGCUGCCUCGGAGGACACCACCCCCACCCUACCCCGCGCCGGGGUGCCCUCACCAAACGCCGGCUGCAACGGUGCCACGGUUAUCGACCGGGGUGAAAUAUAAUAGGAGAAAUAAUCCGGAAUUGGAGAAAAGACGGAUUCAUCAUUGUGAUUUUAUAGGUUGUUCAAAAGUUUACACGAAAAGCUCACAUCUGAAGGCUCAUCAAAGAAUACAUACAGGAGAGAAGCCUUACCAGUGCCAGUGGCCCGAAUGCGAAUGGAGAUUUGCAAGAUCCGAUGAACUCACUCGACAUUAUAGAAAACACACGGGUGCAAAACCCUUCAAGUGUGGAGUUUGUGAGCGCUCGUUCGCCCGAUCUGACCAUUUGGCUUUGCACAACAAAAGGCAUCUGCCAAAAUCUUCAAAAUGAGUAUCGUAUUACGUUUUAUUCAAACAAAAUUAUUUAUCACUUCACACACAUUCCUUAACUUAUGAAAACAAAAACGAUCUCAACAUUUUUAAAUCGUUAUAUUUUUUAUGAACUUUUCCAAAAUAGUUAUACCUAGUAAUCACACAUUGCCUUUUCUAACAUUGAGGCCUUUUUCCAGUGUACUUAGAGAAUUUUAUGAAACAUAUCUAGUGGGAUAUUCGCCUUCCUUGAACUGCUCAAAAGUAAAUUUGGUUCUCCACCACAAAAUACAAUUUUGUACUCCUAUAGUUUGAGUUCAAAAACGAAAUUAAAUGUCAUACGAUAAUUUCUAGUUUUUUUUUUUUCGAUUUCCAUUGUAACUUUUAACGCUCUCCAUUUGGAAAUGAACUGAAGUUAUUCACACUGGUCAAAUCACAUGUUAUUAUUGCUUAAAAAUCAUUUUUGUUGAGGAUAGUGAGACUUCUUGAUUGAUUUCAAGGAAUUUAUAAAGAAAUAUUCGACAGACUCUACUUAGUCUGAUGUAGAACGGAAACCUCUGGGUUAGAAUAAAUCCAAAAUAAGCCCUGUUCCCAAACACCAGUUUUGAAACAUUCUUUUUGAGUCACAUAUUGACUACUCUAUCUUCUGAAGAUGCCAACUUGGUUGAUGAAAUGCAUGUCGAGAAAAAUGUUGGAGUUCUGGCGAUUGGGAAGAGUUUUUGUUUUGGAUAGUCUUCUCAUAUUGUGGAAGACUACAA